AUGCAAGAAGUUUGCAGCACAUUUGAAAACCAAAUUGGCGCACAAAUUAAAUCGGAAUCGCCGUUAAAUGCGCUACAAGUGCAAACCGGUCAAACAAUAGUGCCCGUGGCACCGCCACAAGUGCCACAAACCGCUGCAAUGAUUGUUAACAAAAUGGGACCAAACUGUGAUAAGCGAACAAAUGAGCCAACGUAUUGGAUGGCAAGUGAAGGUGGCUUCAUAAAUUCGCAGCCAUCGAUGGCAGAGUUUCUUAAUCAUCUAAGUCCGGAGAGUCCGAAAUUAGGUAGCGGCGGCACACCAAUAGGCGCAUACACCGUGGGUGCUGUGCCUCAAACGCAAGACGGUAUAGAUUCGGUGCCAGAGUAUCCCUGGAUGAAAGAAAAGAAAACCUCACGUAAAAGUAGUAACAGCAAUCAAGGCGAUAAUUCAAUCACUGAAUUCGUUGCAGAAAAUGGCCUGCCACGUCGUUUACGCACCGCAUACACAAACACGCAACUGUUGGAACUUGAGAAAGAAUUUCAUUUCAAUAAAUAUUUAUGCCGGCCGAGAAGAAUUGAAAUAGCAGCCAGUUUAGAUCUGACAGAACGGCAGGUAAAGGUUUGGUUUCAGAAUCGUCGCAUGAAACAUAAACGUCAAACGCUUUCAAAAACGGACGAUGAAGAUAACAAAGAUAGUCUAAAAGGUGAUGAUGAUCAGUCCGAUAGUAAUUCAAACUCCAAAAAAUCAUGUCAAGGCUGUGAGCUUCCUUCAGACGACAUACCGGAUUCUACGUCAAAUUCAAGGGGACACAAUAAUAACACCCCUAGUGCCACCAACAAUAAUCCAAGCGCUGGUAGCCUGACACCGAACUCAACGCUAGAAUCCUCAAAUUUAUUGGGUAGUACAAGCGUGUCAGCAUCAAAUAUGGCCAGCGCUGACUCCAGCGUAGCGUCCACGGGCAGUUUAGACGAUGACGUUGAAGAAAAUACUACGAAAGUGAAAAAGAAAGAGGAAGCUUUGAUCAAAAAGGAAUCUGCUGUUUCAACAUCGACGAAGAUCUCACAAUUUACUUCGUUUGAUACACCAUCAACGACAGUUAGCUAUCGUCGAGAUUCCGAUACUUCUUCCCAGCAUAGCCUGACGACUGCUAACACGAUUAGUGGUGCCGUCGGGAAGAGACGUUAUCAUCAGCAAUCGAAUGCAGUCACUACCGCCGGUAUAAUCGAAACUCGUACAGCUUACUACUCCACUUACUACAAUAAACAACAAUUACAACAGCAUCAGCAACAGCAACAACAACAACUACAAUCACCACAGCAAUUACACACACAGCUGCAACAACAGCCCCAUGGCCAAGAUUAUUACGGUAAAUAUGAUGUUGAAUUUGCCGCAUCGAAUUCGCCGCAACCACACCAUCGAUUGCAACCUCAACAGCAACAGCAACAAAAUACUAAUAUAUCGACCAUAACGCCGAAUAAUGAAUAUUUAAGCCCCAAACCAGAUUUUAUGAUUAUGCCGCAAGCCUCACCGCAUUUGAAAGUGAAUGAGUUGGCAAAUGUUAGCAAAAUCACUCACGGGCCCACAGCUACUUUUCAUCAUCCUCAACCACCGCCCCCUCCACCUCCGCCAUCGUCAACGCAGACACCGGCGCAACAUGGCUUACAACAAGCGUUUUACAAUCAACAUGGGGUGGAGUCUUCCUUACAAUAUCAAGGCCAUGCUUAUAAUCAUCAUACACAUACUCAAGUCAACUACAGCCAUCAUCACAGCUCACAACAGCAAUCGCAACAAAUUCAUAACGAUUUUGAUAUUUCCGGCAAUUAUUAUGAAACAAAAAAUCAAACUUCUAGUGUAUCUAGCUAUAAUGCAGGAUAUGAACACAUGAAUUUCCAACAGCCAACGAACGAUUUUCAGCAACAUAUACAUCACAUUGGUUCAGCAGCAGCUAGCGCUUUAGGCAUUCAAAUGGAGCCAAAUGCACCACCGCCGCCUUUGCCACCGGCAGCCGCUUCGCAGCUCAAUCAAAUGCAGCAAACUUUUUACAACAAUCACCAUCACGGCAUUGAACACCAAUACCAACAUUCAUAUAAUCAGCCUGGCCAUCAAGCAAAUUAUAAUCACCAUCAACACAACCAGCACCAGCACAAUCAGCAAGCAAUGAAUGAUAAUCUAUUGGAUGAACAUACACCUGCGCCACAUAUUCAAAUGGCGGCAAAUGGCAGCAGCAGUACUGCUAAUAACUUUGUCAAUACAGCAAGCUCAGUAUCAACAGCGCCACCUAACGCCAACUUUCCAACCACCGCGGCGGCAAACCUAAUAGAAAAUUCAAAUAGUUCAUCGGAUUUCAAUUUUCUUAGUAAUCUAGCAAAUGAAUUUGUGCCCGAGUAUUACCAAUUAAGUUAG